CCUAAUAAAUCCUCCACUCAAGGAAUGUUAGAAGAAGUGUGCGCGCGCAUGUUCACAAGCUCCAAAUCGAAGAACAGUGGCUUCCAAGUAGCUCGAUGGUUUCCUACUUUGCCAGCUGAAUGUAUUGAGGAUGCGCCAGCCACUAUGGAUAUAAUCGAGGGUCCAGUACGCUACAGAAGGAAAAAGAAGUGGAAGUCCAGAUGGGCUGUGCUUCGAAGAGUCAAUCCCGCUGCUGAUGUAAUUAACCUAGUGUUAUAUCAAGACCAAGUCGGUGCUAGAUCACGGCAGAAAGAAAAAGCCUUCAUCUCCCUAGAGUCAUUUUCAGGCCUACAACUACUGAACAAGCUUGACAAGCACUAUAAUGUAAUCAUUGCUAUCACUGCUAAUGAAGUUGUACGAUUGAGCUUUGAGACAAUUGAUGAAAGAUCUGAGUGGGUGAAUUGUAUUCAAAGACACUUUGGACAAGAACAAUCGUUUGAUGGAAUCAUUCCCAACAAACAGAAGAUCAAAUCAGGCGAAGCUACUCUUCGAUUCUACAAAGAUUUCUUUAGUCUAACGCGGAAGGACAACUACCGAUUGAUUGGAAAAUGGAAGCUCGUUGAUUUACCUCACUACGGCGCCGUCUACGGGGCGUUUGCUUUCGAAGUGAAGGAAGGCGGAGGAACAUGUAUUUAUUACUUCGCUACCAAGUACGGAAGAGAGCUCCAUCAACUGUUUGACAACGUUUGUCGAGGAGGCCAAGUAGGCACUGAAAAUAAUUAUGUGGAACCGCCUGCAUUAGAUCGCUCCUCACCACAGAGAUCUGUCAGUCAACAAGAUGCAUCUGUCAGUCAACCUAACUUCUUCAAGCGUACUUGGCAACGUAUCAGUCAACGUAGAAGAACUAAACAGCGUCCGCGAAGUCAAAGCGAGCCAGGAGAAAAUCGACGACUACGAAAACUUACAAAUAGACGACUUCCUAAUGUACCCGGAAGUGCUAAUAAUCGUGCCGGGAGUACCGUACCGGAAGUAAAUAACCAGCAUGGAAGUGCAGGAUCUACGCAUUUGGUCACUCCUGAUGGAUAUGAAAUAAUGACAGGCGGGGAAGAAGACGAUGUUGUGGAUGCCGCAGAGGAAAGGAAAAGAAAAGAGAGGAAGAAAUCUGAAACAACAGAAGAGGAAAAUCCUAGGAGUAAAGCGAGUAGAGAAGAGAAAUCAAGCACUGGAGAGGAGAAUGAGCAUGACGGCUACGUUAUCGUAGAUGGCGUAGAUGUCGAAAAAAUAAUAAAAGAAACAGAAAAAAAAUUAGAGGAAAAGAAGAAGAUGGAGGAAGAACAACAGAAAACUGCCGUGAAGAAAAGCGAGAGGACGUCUGAGAACGAAGACACUAUGGAACCAAGUUAUGAGAAGAUGGAAUUCAAACUAAACGACGUACCAAAACCUGACGACAAGAAUGGAAAACCUACGACGGCAACAGAGUCAGUUAAAGAUGAAUCAAAAAUAGAAACUGAAAAGAAGGAUAGCGUUAAGAGUGGCCGUAACAGCGAAGGAUACGACAAUGUGGAUGUGGCUGUGACCAACGAAAAUGACAUCAAAACAACUGGAAGCGAUGAUGUCUUUAAAACAGAAGAAAUAAAGCCACCUAAGACCCCUGUCAGACCUAAAAGCCUGGAAUCAAAGCAAGAGUUAAUUGUUAAUCCUAACAAAGCUCGACGGGGAAUCAGAAAUCCGCCUCCAGAGCUGGUCCUACCUCAGGAGACCCCCGAGAGACCAUAUGUCAACUCUCCCCCCAAGACAGCUGAUUAUGUGAAUGUACCUGGGCGUCGUGGUACAGGUAUGAUGAACAGCGCCAUUAGAUCGAGAAGUAAAACCGCCAACAAUAAACCUGGCUCUAAGAAGUUCAAUAUGUAUGAUAUCUACGAUGGCAACGAUGACUCCAUCUACCAUAGCGUAGAAUCACUAAUGCCCGGUAACCCGGCGUACCAGAAUCUCCGGGUCGAGUCUAACCGUAGUCAUAGUUUUGACAAUAUUCCUGGUCAUUCGUAUACCAAUCUUCCUGGUCAAUCUGUGGAUGGCCAGGCGUACCAGAACAUUGGACCGCCAGGAACUCAAGCAUAUGUAAACUUGAACGCACCAAAAAGAAAGUUUCAGAGAAACCAGAAUAGUCAUCAUUUGAACUAUAUUCAAGUUGAAGGGACGGAUGGCCCCAGCGGUCAAUAUGGACCUCCCUCCUUUUCAAUACCAGCUGAACAACAAAACGCAGCUGCAGCGAAAGCUGCUGGUAGCGAAUACACUUGGAUCGACGAGAGUCGUACGAGAUUGUUAAAGGAGACUGCUCGUAUGCAUUCAGAUCUUCGAAAAGAAAAUUUACCAAAAGUUACAAAGAAAUAUUAGUUGAAUAAUGAUGAAUAAUGCAGUUGACAUCUUAGAAGUUUGUUUGUACGUCAACUAUGCCGUGCGCCAUUGCACAAAGCUAUAAGAAUUCAUUCAACGUAUUUUUAGGUUCCUUUUUUUUACGACAACUUUUGGUUGUAGGAUCGAUGAAGGGUGCUCUUGUCAGCCAGGUUCGUAUAACGAAAAAAUGUGUCAGGGUCGUUAUGGACUUCUAGCACGAUACCGAGGCUCUCUGGAAUAAAAUAUUUUACGUAUUAAACCUCAAAAGUAUCAGUAUAGUGCUGUAGAAUCGAUUAUAACGUCGAGUAGUGGAUUGAAUAGCUUUGCUUUCAAAAUGUCCUUAUUAUUGCCGAAACGUAGGCACGUCAGAUAUGAUAAAUCAUUUUAAUCCUAACAUAUGUAUUUGGUGACACGUGUUUGUAACAUACAUGAAGUAACAUUCGACUAAAGCCUCGCAAUCAAGUCUAGACUUUAACAUAUCGAACGUGAGCUAACGUGUCUUUUGGCCCGUAAUGACAAACUACGAAUUCCGCCUGAAGUUUCGUAGCUCAGUCAUUUAAUGCUAUUUUCUGGGAAAACUUUAGAUUUUAGUCAAUGUAGAAAGUUUUCUAAGUUUCUAUAGUAUAAUUUAGGCGAUGCAUACGUGCAUUCAAGAUUUUUAUAUCUUUUUUAUACAUUACAUAACUCAACUAAAUACUUUAUAAGUGGACCUAAAAUAAAUUCAAGAUUGCUACU